UCUGUGUUUCUGGAGUCCUGAGCCCGAGCUAAACAAAAGCAGGAGCUGGCGGGGCUGCCGGAGUUUGCGGAGCCGGAGGAGGAGCGAGCCGGCGCUGUGCCCGCCGCGGCGGGGGGCUGUGGCUCUGCUGGCCCACCCCUCUGCGAUCGCCCGGCCGGUGGGGGCUGGGGCCGCGGGCGGGGGAAAGUUUGCCUCGCAAACCCCCAGCCUGGCUCUGCCUCCUCCCGAUCCCUGCCUGUUUGCAAAGGGAUUAACCGGCGAUCUGAGCGCGGAGCCCUUUCCUGCCUCGGAGGAGCCGGGCUGAGCACCCUCAGCCAGCUCUGAUUUCUUCCGUCCAGCGGGAAGGAGGUUUAUUUUCCUUGCUCCUCGGAGUCGACACCCUCCCCCUUCGCCCCGCAACCCCUCCACGCCCCCUCCCCCUCCCCGUCCUCCCACCGCCCUGCCCGGAGAGGCGGCGGGGUUUUUCUUUGGUCUUCCCCGCCCGUGUGUCCUGAAAAGGAUUUGGAGACCGCCGGCCGCAUCGGAGCCGGUGCUUCCCGGGACCGCGCGCAGGAGCCGGGCCGGCCGGGCUGCGCUGCUCGGAGAUGGACGAGCAGCCCAGGCUGAUGCACGCCCACGCGGGGGUCGGCAUGGCCGGGCACCCCGGCCUGUCCCAGCACUUGCAGGACGGGGCCGCGGGCACCGAGGGGGAGGGCGGCAGGAAGCAGGACAUCGGGGACAUCCUCCAGCAGAUCAUGACCAUCACCGACCAGAGUUUGGACGAGGCGCAGGCCAGAAAACACGCUCUGAACUGCCACCGGAUGAAGCCUGCCCUGUUUAACGUGCUGUGUGAGAUCAAGGAGAAGACAGUUCUGAGCAUCCGGGGCGCCCAGGAAGAGGAGCCCACAGACCCCCAGCUGAUGCGACUGGACAACAUGCUGCUGGCGGAGGGCGUGGCGGGUCCCGAGAAGGGGGGCGGCUCGGCGGCGGCAGCGGCGGCCGCAGCGGCCUCUGGAGGGGCCGGUUCUGACAACUCGGUGGAGCACUCGGACUACAGAGCCAAGCUGUCGCAGAUCAGACAGAUCUACCACACGGAGCUGGAGAAGUACGAGCAGGCCUGCAACGAGUUCACCACCCACGUGAUGAACCUGCUGCGCGAGCAGAGCCGGACCAGGCCCAUCUCCCCGAAGGAGAUCGAGCGGAUGGUGAGCAUCAUCCACCGCAAGUUCAGCUCCAUCCAGAUGCAGCUCAAGCAGAGCACGUGCGAGGCCGUCAUGAUCCUGCGCUCCCGGUUCCUGGACGCGCGGCGGAAGAGACGGAAUUUCAACAAGCAGGCCACGGAAAUCCUGAAUGAAUAUUUCUAUUCCCAUCUCAGCAACCCUUACCCCAGUGAGGAAGCCAAAGAGGAGCUGGCCAAGAAGUGCGGCAUCACCGUGUCCCAGGUAUCAAACUGGUUUGGAAAUAAGCGAAUCCGGUACAAGAAGAACAUAGGUAAAUUUCAAGAGGAAGCCAAUAUUUAUGCUGCCAAAACGGCUGUCACUGCCACCAAUGUGUCAGCCCACGGAAGCCAGGCUAACUCACCCUCAACUCCCAACUCGGCCGGUUCUUCCAGCUCUUUUAACAUGUCAAACUCUGGAGAUUUGUUCAUGAGCGUGCAGUCACUCAAUGGGGAUUCUUACCAAGGGGCCCAGGUUGGAGCCAACGUGCAGUCACAGGUGGAUACCCUUCGCCAUGUUAUCAGCCAGACAGGAGGAUACAGUGACGGACUGGCGGCCAGUCAGAUGUACAGUCCCCAGGGCAUCAGUGCUAAUGGAGGUUGGCAGGAUGCGACUACCCCCUCAUCAGUGACGUCCCCUACAGAAGGCCCUGGCAGCGUUCACUCCGACACCUCCAACUGACCUCCCCACACGCGCAUCCCGGCUGACCCUGCGCCCGGCGGGCGGGGCCGGAGGGAGGGUCUCCCACGCUGAAGCGGUCAGACCGGAGGCGCAGCAAUCAGCAGCCACCAUGAGCUCCUCCCUCUCCUCCUGGGAAGCCCCUCCGGCCAAUCUGGACACUUCUUUAUACUCUGUCCCCUUUUUCUGGGUAGAAGCCAGCCUUCCCUGCCAGCAGCGUCAGCCUGUGCCCUCACCGCCCCGCCCCUGCCCUCCACUCCCUGGGCCCCUGCCCUCUACAUGUCACUGAAGGAUAUUUUCAACAAUUAGGGGAAUUUAAAGAGAUAAAUGCAAAGAAAACAAUAAAAGCAUUUGUAUGUUUUCACGCCGGUGGUAUGAGGAGCCACGUUACCUCAUCGAGCCCCCUGCCAGGCAGCCCUGUCUCCCGUCACUCACUACCUCUCGCAGGAACCGCCCGCUGCCUCCCAGCCCGGCUUCCCUGGGUCCUGCCGUAGCCGGGCUCUGAGGGCGCUCUGUCCUGGGUUCCGCUCCGCCAGGUGGAUGCCAGGCAGGCAGUCAGCGACAGGAGAGGGUGCAGCCUGAGAGGCCGCGUCCCGGCCUCUCGUCCUCGGACCCCUCCUGGUGUCAGAGGCGGACCUGGGGCCAGACGCUGUGGAGCCAGGUGUGGGUAGCGCGGUGCCAAAUGCAUCAGAGAGGAGGGGAGGUUCUCUCCUGGACCCUUCCCACACAUGCACGUGCGCACAUACCUGUAGGCACAUGCACCACCCCACGAUCAGCCACAUGCCUCAUACAGAUGCCUACAUUAGUAACCGUGUCAUCUGCCUUGUGAGCCCAUGAGAGGGACUCUGAAGGACACAGGCAAGCAGCCCACAGGGUCCAGGACCGGCGGCCCCAGCACACACAUGCGCACACACACGCACGCAUGCACGCACACACACCAGAACCACCCCCACAGGGCAGGCCAGCUCCCAGGGUCCCUCUCUGCUGGCUCUGCCCGAGCCUCAGGCGCGGGCACGCAUGCGAUGGAGUGCUCUGUUCUGUUUUGUCCGGGCGCUAGGGACGUGUGGUGACCUGUCCAGUUCUAUGCGCCGCAUCUGGGUCUGGAGGAUGCGGUGGCGUGAGCGCUUGGCUCGGUACCUGUUUGCUGGCUUGUCUGAGGACCUGCGAGUGACGGAGGCGGAGGUCACGGUCUCUGUACUCCUCAGGUGACAGUCACGCUGGGGGCCUGCCCGGGGAGAUGCCCAGGGAAGCUGUUCUCCGAUGUCGCCUGUCGAGGGGGCGGUGCUCAGCUCUCAGGGCCUCGCUCCCGGAUCUGUGACACGCAGACGGCUCUGCCGGGCUGGCCGGGCUUGUGGGACAGGACGUGGGGGUCCUUCUCCCCGAGCUGCAGGGCGAGGUCGGGAGCAGCGACUCCGAGAAAAACGCUCAGGUCAGGCGGGCGGCGGCUUUCCUGUCUAACGUCUGGUCACACCGGACCUGCCGUCACCGCCACCGCGAUGGCAAAAGGAAGGGUCGUGGCUGUUGCUUGUUCGGUUGCUUUGGUCUGUUCGGUUCCUUAGGAUAGCGAUAACCUCCCAAACCAGAAACACCGGGCCUGGCUCUCAGCGGGUGCUUACAUCUAACGUGAGCCUUGCCAGGGCCCCGGCCCCGCCCGGCCACGCUGUCGGAGGUGUGGCCCUGCGAGCGGCUCCGCGUGGCGCGGCCCACUGGGCAGAAACUGCUCCCGCGUUGCUGGCGGGCACGUGUGUUGGAAGGGAGAACAGGCGGGAGAUGCUGGGAUUGUGCUGAUGAGGAGCAUGAGAAAGCCACGUCGGGCCCGUGUGCCCCUGAGCCGUCACCAGGUCGGGCUCCACGCAGGAUGCCGAGGGCACCGCGUCUCCAUCCAGCUGCGGAGGCCGGUCUCAGGCAGGGACGCGGACGCAGGCCAGGGGUACCUCGCAGACGCCUGGCCUCGGACGCAGGUUCUUCUGGAGCCGCAGGAAGGCGGUUUGGGUUGCAGGGUUUCCAUUUCGCGUCGGUGGAAAGGGGAGCAGAGCGUGCUGCCCGCCCUGUGGCAGCGCACUCUCUGUCACCGUCCCACGCGGCCCUCUCUGUUCCUUCCCCUUUCUCCCUCCACCGCCACGCUCACAUCCAACGCGGCGCCAUGCGGCCUCUCCGGUUCAGCGAAAUGUGAGCGCAGUCAGCCAGCCAGAGGGCGGCGGGCACAGGGCCUGUGGCGGGCAGCGCCCGGGGAGCUCCUCCCCCUCAGUCCCGCCCCCCACGUGCUAGGGACUCGGGAGCGCAGUGUCCUGGCCGCGCGUCCCCUGGGGUUUGCCCACCUGUACCUGCUCAUCGCCCCCUCGCCGCCCCUCGCUCCUGGGUGGGGCGGACCCCGCACACGCUUCUGUCCGGUGGCACCUUCGUGACAUGGUUUUACUUGGCUGCUGGUUGCCUUUUCUCUCACUUCCCCUCCCCCCUUUCCUUCUGAGUUUUAUUUUCUGCCCAGAAAAACCUGACUUCGAUACCAAAAAAGAUAAAACUACAGAAACUCAAAUUUAAAGAAAACUUUUUAAAAAAAUACUCAACAAUCCUCUCAGCUUUAUUAACAUUUUCCAUUGUUUCUUGCGACUCGUGUCUUGUUCUUUGUAGUACUGAUGACGAACAUUUGAUAAUGAAUGUUCUUGUAUAUUCAGAUAAAGGGAAAAAAACCAAAAAGCGGUCUGGAUUUAAUAGUGUUUAUAAUGAAAGUUUUAAAAAUGACCCUCACGGCACGAAAAGCAGGACGGGCCGCCUCCGUGCCCUCGCCCUCAUCGCCACGUGUGUUUUCGCACGGAACCGCCCGCAUUGGCCAUGCUCCCAUCGCUCUUUUAUGUUCCCGCAUUUGUGAAUUAGUUCAAGAAUGCUAGACCCGUGUCGAGUUGUGCACACCCAUUUCCUGUUCCACGAUGUUUAAAAGUGACCGUAAUUCAUUUUGUAAACUAAAAAAAGGAAAAAAAGGAAAAAAAAAAGUUGGGAUAGUGAGCAUCAUAGAGGUACAACCUAACACAUUAUUAUGUUUCUUAACUCUGAGACCCAGAAAUGCAUUCUUUUUUUCCCUUUAUUCCUGCUCUUGAAAAUAUAACAAAAAAAGAAUGAUGCUUUGUUUUGUGUUAUUUUGGGUUUGUUUAUGGGGUGCUUUUUUUCAUUGUCGGGGCCGUGGUCUUGCUGUGUUUAUUCCUUACACAUGUGCCAAGGCGAUGUGAAAAGGUGGCAGCCGCGCAGAGGCUGUUUCUCGCUGCUUCGGUUUUGUCCCAGAAUCGGGCUGACGUCACAGAUCAGGCCCAGGCGGGCGCCCGGUGGCCCCCCGCGCCCGGAGUGAGGGACACCGCAGGCUGAGGAAAGUCCAGGGCUCCGGCUCUCCUCCCUCGGAGGGAGCAGUUUUUGCCUUGCUGGGUGUGAAUGCCAAGGAGCCGCUCUCUUGCACCCUGAGGAGGGAGGCUGGGGUGGCCAGGAUGCCCCCUCCAGCAGAAGACUCCCGGCGGCUGGGGAUGGCACUGGAUGGGCACCGGGAUGGGCUGGGGGUCCUGAUUUUGGUCCGGGUCCCGGAUGUUAUUCUCACGCAGCCUUUCGGCCGCCGUGCAGCACACGGUGAGCCCGGCUGGACCCGGAUGCUUUUAUUAGUUCCGGGAGAAAAGAAGGCGGUGUUAUCAGGAAGGAACUCUCUUUUAACCUCUGUCAUUUAACCAACGACCGAGAGUUCGGAGAGCAGCCAGCACCAGCUCUUUCCUCAGCCCUCAGGCCAGGACAGUGGAGAAGCAGAGCCGGCAGCGGCACUUUCUGACGGUUUCUACCCGAACCGCCGCCCGCUUGUUUGAAGUCACAGCCGAACAGCAACGCGCUUUUCACAUCACCUUGAAGGUUUCAAUCCCUUGCGCAAAGCUUUCUGGAAUCUUAUUUUUUGUAACCUUUUUUUGUUUUGUUUUGUUUUGCCUUUUGUUAAAAUAAAUGAAACAUUCAAUGUUUUCCCCCUUUUCUCGCUUACUCCUUCCCUUCCCUUUGGCGCUUCCAGUUAUUUUGAAGUGUUUCCCUCGGCUGUUGGUUUUAUCUCUGCUCCCUACCCCGCUCUUAUAUUCAGAGUGUAACCUGCGAAGCUCUGCCCUGUUUGGUUUGAAAGUUAAGCUUUUCUGCUUCUGUGAGCACUGGCUCCGUCCCUUUGAUCGACGGAAGCUCUGUGUUCUCGAUGACGAUACUAACACGGUGUAGAUUUUACAGUCUCCUAAUUUGUACUGGUAAUGCAUAUUCCAAAUAAAUAGUUUCUUUUGUUGC